CUAGAAAUACUUUAUUUAUUUUAGAGCAUAAAUAAAUAAAUAUUUAAGUAGAAUAAAAAAAAACAAAUGAAAGUUUGAAAAUAUAUAUGUAGACAUGGAUCAUGACAAGUUUUCACUUUGCGAGCGAAUCAUUGGCGAAAUCAAUCAAGUUAUUCAAAAGGAUCGUGAUUUGCUUUCAUUUGAGCUGAUUCCAGUAGAAACAAAUCAGAAUAACAAAUCACCUGUUCUUCAUGUGGAUCACAACCUUGGUUUGGAAUCGUGGUGCAUUAAAUACAUAUAUGAGUAUGCCCACAAAGAAGUUUUGAAAUACAAAAGCAACAUUUUUCAUUCAAAGCAAUAUUGGGAUGUCAAGGAAUUCAUCAAGUAUCUGAAUACUGCUGUUUUGAUCAAUCCUGAUGUUGGGACGUAUUGGAAUUUGCGAAGGUGGUUAGUGGAAAAAAAUCAGCUAAAUCAGACGCGAGAGUUCAAUUUCUCUGCGUUAGUUUUGUCUAAAAAGCCAAAAUCAAGUGAAGCAUUUUCAUAUAGACGAUGGCUGUAUUUAUUUCAAAUUUCUAUUUCAGGCUCUGAAUCGAUCGAUUGGAGCAUCGAGCUUGGGUUAUGCGAGGAAUGUGCCGACAAAAAUAUUAGCAACUACCAUGCGUGGUCACAUAGACAAUGGGUACUUGAAAGAGCGACCGACUUGCUUAAAUUUGAAAUGUAUAAAACGGAAAAGUUUAUUCGAAAACAUGUCCAUGACUAUAGCUGUUAUCACCAUAGACAAAUUGUAUUGCAAAAUCUAUAUUAUUUAAACUACUACGAAGUUGAGGAGAGCAAUUUUAAAGAAAUAACGGACUUGUUGAACGUGUUAAUGAAAAAGAAUGUUACUAGUCAAGAUGAAUUAAUUUCAAUUCUACUUCCAAAUAUUAAGAAAGUUGACAUGGUUGAUGCAAAGCUUAAAUCGUUUCUUUAUUGCAUUAACUUUGCUGCUUCGGACAUCAAAUUUACUGAAGAAUUAAACUACAUGUAUGGAAAAUCGCUUGCCUUUGAGUCACACAGACGAGCGAUGCUGAAGUUCAUUAUUGAAACCAUACGUUUAGCAAAUAGUACAAAUACAAUAACUACUGAUUGUUGGCAGCCGUCGAGUAAAAUAAUCAAAAAAGAGUACACAACAAAUCAGUUUUUAGAGGCUAUAAAAAAUCUUGAAGCAACGCGAGGAAAACAACACCAAAGAUGGUGCAAAAUAUUUUUGGGAUUUAAUUUUGAAACAUAAAGCUUGUAAAUUAUAUUAUUAAUAAAAGCAAAAUACCAAACAUGUUUUGUUCAACGGAAGAAUAUACACAGAAUUAAAUAAAAGACCAUUAGUUAAAAGACCAUUUAGUUAAUUUAAAUUUGAAUAAUUGUUAGGUAAUGAAAUAGAAUGAUUUUUCUAAAAAAUUUUGAAAAUCAAGAAAUUUUUUAAGUCGGCCAUUCGUAGAC